AUUUUAUAAAAUAUUACAUUUUAGCUCCGAACUAUUGUCGUUAUCAAGCAGCUGAUUAAGCCAAACUUGGAGGAGUGCUGAGUGCGUCCUUAACAAACCGAGUGCUGGCACUUGAGCGUGAAAGGGGGCGGGGCCACAAGCCUUUUGGGAGGGAGAGAAGAAAAAAGUAAAAAAAAAAAAAAAGACCAAAAAACAAUCACGUGUUUGAGAUCAAAGGAGAUCCGCUUUGUAGAGAAGGGCGGGGGUGAGGGGGGGGGAGGGACGGACAGGGAGGGGGAGGGGGCUUGAGCAGCAGCCAGCCAGUGUCAUUGACAGACGCUCAGUGGUGAACUAAACACGCUCUCCCGGUGUGUUCCGCACAUUUUCGCUCCUUAUCCCCCCCCCUCCCCUUAAAAAGAAAAGAUUCAUUUCCCGCCGCAUCCGCACUAGGGUCCCGCCGCGUCGGACAUGCCGUUCCGCUCGGCGCCGCAGACCCCGCCGGCGAGAUGAUAACGACGACUACCAGGACGACUACCAGGAUGCUGAUGCCGACGAUGGUGGCGCCGUGGCGGGGCGGCUCGGAGCGGGACCACCCCCACUCCCAGCACCACCACCACCACCACCACCAUCCCGGCUCCUCCGCGGCGGCGGCGCUGCUGCUCCUCGCCGCCGUGCUGGCCGCCGAGCCCCGCGUCGCCCUCGCCAAGGAUACGGCCUAUGUGGAGGUGGUCUUGUUCGAGUCCAGCGCCAACGGGGAUUACACCACGUACACGACGGGCUUGCAGGGUCGCUUCUCCAAGGCUGGAGCCACCAUCAGCGCCGAGGGGGACAUCGUCCAAAUGCAUCCUUUGGGAUUAUGUAACAACAACGACGAGGAGGACCUGUACGAGUACGGCUGGGUCGGGGUAGUGAAGCUGGAGAAACCAGAGCUGGACCCCAGUUGUCUCACCGUGCUGGGAAAGGCCAAGAGAGCGGUCCAGCGGGGAGCCACCGCCGUCAUCUUCGAUGUGUCGGAAAACCCGGAUGCCAUUGACCAGCUCAACCAGGUGGGCGACGACCCCCUGAAGCGUCCGGUGGUUUACGUGAAGGGCAACGACGCCGUCAAGUUGAUGAACAUCGUCAAUAAGCAGAAAGUGGCGCGCGCUAGGAUACAACACAGACCCCCCAGGCCCACCGAGUACUUCGACAUGGGCAUCUUCCUGGCCUUCUUCGUGGUCGUGUCGCUCGUCUGCCUCAUUCUGCUCAUCAAGAUCAAGCUCAAGCAGAGGAGGAGUCAGAGCUCCAUGAACAGGAUGGCGAGUCAGGCGCUAGACAAGAUGGAGACGCGCAAGUUCAAGGCCAAAGGUGGCAAAGUGGCGCGCGAAAGCAGCUGCGGGGCGUCCGACUCGCUGAGCAGCAGCUCCACGUCCGACUGCGCCAUCUGCCUGGAGAAGUACAUCGACGGAGAGGAGUUGCGGGUCAUCCCUUGUGCUCACCGCUUCCAUAAGAAAUGUGUGGAUCCCUGGUUGCUCCAGCAUCACACCUGCCCCCACUGCAGACACAACAUCAUCGAGCAAAAGAAGGGAAAUCCGGGCCACGGAUGCAUGGACCCCGGCAACCCGCUUCACGGGCGCCAGCAGAGGGUGGUCCUGCCAGUCCACUACCCCGGCAGAGUGCACCGGGCCGGCCAGGUGACGGCCUACCCCACCCGGACCAGCAUGGACCCUCAUGGCAACGCCAUAACCGUGCUCACAGUGGACCAGCACCCCGACCCUCAAGGCCUGUACCCGCCUCAAGCCGCGUCUUCCUUCCUGCGGAGCUACCACCCUGCCCUUCACCUGGACCACUCCCUCAACCCCCACCACUGCGGACUGGAGCACCGCGGUCCCCCUGCCUACCAAGCGCAGCCGCCUCCGCACCACCCUGCUUUUAAACGCCCCAAAUUCCAUGGGCGCAACUUUUCACGGGCGGCGUGUUUCUCUCAGUACGAAACCAUGUACCAGCACUACUACUUCCAGGGCUUGACUUUCCCCCAGCAGCCUCCCGAGGGGGGCCAGGGCCCCACGGGUCAAGGUCACAAGGCUCACCACGGCAGGUCCUUCCAGCAAGGACUCUUGUACCCCACCGUGGUGCACAUGGCUCCGGCCUCCUCCUCGAGGGUGGGUGAUGGGGGCAGCGCUUCGGGCCUGAGCUGCUACCACGGUCACCGCUCGGUGUGCAGCGGCUACCUGGCCGAUUGCCCCGGGAGCGACAGUAGCAGCAGCAGCUCAGGCCCGUGCCACUGCUCCUCCAGCGAUUCCAUGUUAGACUGCACGGAGGUCAGCAACCAGGGGGUGUACGGGAGCUGCUCCACCUUCCGGAGCUCGUUGAGUAGCGACUAUGAUCCCUACGUCUAUCGGAGUAAGAGCCCGUGUCGGAGUUCUGCUGGGGAGGCCACAACCGCGGCGUGCCCCUCAGCCCCUGAGGAGUCGGCGUCAUCCGCGGGACCCUCGGGAUUCGACUGUCUCCAGCUUCCCUACAACUCGGGGGACCACCUGUCCAACUGCAGCUUGGAGCCCAACUAUAGCAGUCGCUCAUCACUGGAACCCAGGGAGACCGGUGCCCCCGAGGCCCCCGGAGCAGACACCAGGGCCGAGGUGGGUGAGCUCGGGGCGGGAACGGGGGCGGCGUGCACUUGCUGCUUCGAGGUGCUUCCCCAGAACGCCGAGGCCAAGGCCCAGGACUUGGAGCAGGCGUCCGGACGUUGUACCAGGGGCUCCAAGAACUACUCGUGCCCUUCCUCGGACCCCUAUGAAGGACUACCUUGCUGUUUCUACAAGGAGAUGAAGGUCCACAGGGGACACUAUGCGGAGGACUACGCUGUCAACGUGCAGUACGCUGAAUCGGAGGCCUGCCCGGCGCAGGGCUGCUACGAACUCAACCAGAGGAUACCCAUCAUCCCCGAGGACACCAAUUGUGAAAGCAGCCUUUUACCCGACUCGGUCAUGAUGGAGGCGGAGGCGCGAAACGAUGACUUCUUCACCCGAGGUUGCUCAUACCCUCAGCAGGACGAGACCAGGGCUUUGUUUCCGCCUCAGCGCUCUGAAAACGCUUUGAGUCGAAGUACUGAGGGCUGUCUGGGUGUGUGACUUCUGGAAAAACAAAAUUGCUUUUGGUACCGCAGCAGUUGGUCGGUGGUUCGAAACCCUCAGUUGCCUUGCUUUCUGGUGAAUGCGGACACGUAGAAGCGUAGGGGUGUUUACCGAAAUGCACAUUUUUGGUGAAUGUCAUCGUACAGGAACGUGGGGCUUUCUACGGAAAUUUCUCACGUUCAUUCCUGUGGGCCACGAUUGUGUCAAAGUGGCUCUGCGCCAUGCUUCCAUCCAACGUUUGACAUCUGCAUCUUCUACGUACACUCACUGCCUUUAGAGCUUCAACGUAGUUUGUACGGUCGUAACUAUACCAAAACAAACAAGAUGUGAUUGUGUUGUCACUAGAGCAGGGUACCAUGUCUCUCUGGAGGGUCAUACAAGAGAAAUAUAUUUUAUAUACUGUAUGUGUAUGUUUUUCUAUAUGUAUAUACUGUAUAUAUAUCAGUGUUUCCCAACCUUUAUUGAGCCAAGGCACAUAUUGUAGAAAUAUCUCACAGCACACCACCCAACAAAAACAAAACAAAAAGCCAUCUUGCAUGAGUUACCAAACACCACAUUGUUAAAGUUGGUAUUAUAUCUUACUUUUCUUUCAUCUGCUAUUGUGCACCAACAUCAACAAUUGCUAAUUUAUUACGCUGUCAUUGAUUAGAUGGUUAUGGACACAUCAAAGUCAAAGUAUGUGCUUGCAUCGAGCGAUUGAUAAGAGAAAAGGCUUUAAUACUUAACAAGACCUAGCGACUGUGGUUAUAUCAUCUGGCCAAACACGUUUUCAAAGGUCUAAGAGUCAUGAGCGAGGCAAUAAUAAAACAAUGGGAGGACUAGACAGUUUAAUAGAUGGAAAUGAAUCUGUACACAAUUACCUACGUAGCUGACCACUUCCUUCUGCACCGAAGCAUGACAUCUAUUUUUAACAAAGACACUUGCUCAAAUGUAUAUAACCUAAAUGUUUGUAAUUGUUAUUGUCUAAAAUCCAGACUUUCAAUCUUGAGAUGACAAAACCCCCCACAGCUCCUGCUAAGUGAGGGAAGAGGCAGUUUUACAAAACUUCAGGAGAGUUAAUACAUUUGUUUUCAACACUUUAAAUUGAUUAAUAAUGCAUUAAAAUAACAGACGUGGGGAGUGACCAUUAGUGUGAAUCUGUGGAAAAAAAUUCAAAUUGACCAUAUUUGGACAUACAAGGUCUCAGCCUGACACGGACAAUAUACUGAAAUAAUAAUGAUCUAGUCCCAGGUUAAUUGUAACUUCUGCCAUCUAGUGGCUGACAUAGAUAGAUGACCAAAGAUAACUAUUGGUCGUAAACGAAUAACAAUUUUCUGACCAAUGAAAUGAAAUUGGAUAAUUCAGUGGUUGGGAAUCACUGAUUUAUACUGUAUGUGUAUAUAACAAGAAAAUGUGUAUAAACAAGAAAUGUGAAUGCACAAUAUCCCCUGAGUUCUAGAGGUUUGCCUGAGUUUAGCGCGUUUCCAUCAUAAAAAUAUUAUGACCCAUCUUCAAGCACAGUGUUACUUAUCCGUAUCCGUAGUCAACAUAGAGCAGUGGUUGUCAAACAUUUGGGGUCAUUGGACAACAUUUCUAGGACCAGUUGGUCUUUGAACUUAAGGACCACCGGAAAUGGGCAAGAUGCCCCUAAAAUGUCCACUCCAAAACAAUGUGGUAGACUUCCCAUGUCUUUUCGGGUAUGGCUUCUUGAGACGACUUGGGAUCGUCCCUAAAUGCUUCUUACCUGGAUAAAAAUAAAUAAAUAAAUACACACACACACACACACACGUAUAUAUAUAUAUAUAUAUAUAAUAAAUAUAUUUCCUCAUGACUUUAGGAGACUUUAAGUUAACCCCCACCCACCCAUGCCUUAAAGAGCCCCAGUCAGAGUUCCUCCAGGAGACAUGCUAACUUAGAUAAAAAGCCGUUUCAGCAUUUAUUCAGUCUUCUUCUAUCCAGCUUAAGGUCCGUGUGCUGGUACAGUCUUGGUCCUCACUAGUAUGACAAUUCAAAGCCGUUUCAGCAUUUAUUUCAUAUCCUUGAUGAGGAGUGUGGACUGAUGGGAGAUACAUGCUUACUAUUUGGGCCUAGUACUGUUACUAGUGCAGGACAGUAUUUUAUUAGUAAGGUUUAAUUGCGUCGUUGUAGGGUCAAAGUGGCAGUGUAGUGAAACAAAUGUUACUAGAAAAAGUACUACUCCACCCUAGUUAUUCUACUACUGCCCUGACUUAUUUACUUUCCGAUUGUUGUCUUAAGAUAAUUAAUUUUUGAGAGAAGAAAAAUUCCCACCAAAAAUAAUUUUUUUCUCAAAAAAUACAUUUGAAAAAUCUGAAGAAUUUUUUUUUCUCAAAACCUAUGGCUUUUGUCUCCUAAAAAGAUUAUUUUUCCAAGAACUUGUUGAGGGAAAAACUCAUAUUCUUGGAAAAAAAACAAAUUUUAUUAUUGGGAAUAAGAUUUUUUGUAUUAUUAUUAUUAUUAUUAUUCGAUCAUCUGUCGGAGGUGGGAGUUGAAGCUUUUUCUGACAGGAGACUGCCAGACGUUCCCAGCAGACCCUCAACAAUACGUUUGGGCCUGCCAGGUCCCCAACCAUCGGAGCCAACUCAUCACCAGGUGGCAACCGGUUGACAGCUCCCCCCCUCACUUCACCGGAGUGCCCAAGACAUGCGGCCGCAAGUCCGAUGACACGACCACAAAGUCGAUCGUCGGACUGGGGCCUAUGGUGUCCUGGUGCCAAGUGCACGUGUGGAGGACACCCUUAUGCGUGAACAUAGUGUUCGAUAUGGACAAUCCGUGAUGAGCAUAAAAGUCCAAUAACAGAACUCCGCUCGGGUUCUGACCGGGGGGGGGGGGCGUUCCUCCCAAUCACGCCCUUCCAGGUCUCACCGUCAUUGCCCACAUGAGCAUUGAAGUCCCCCAGUAGAAUGAUGGAGUCCCCAGUGGGAGCGCUCUCCAGCACCCCCUCCAAGGACUCCAAAAAGGGUGGGUACUCUGAACUGCUGUUUGGUGCAUAGGCACAAACAACAGUCAAGACCCAUCCCCCCACCCGAAGGCAGAGGGAGGGUAACCUCUCGUCCACCAAGGUGAACACCAAUAUAGACGCAAUAAGUAUACCCACACCUGCUCGGCGCCUCUCACCGUGAGCUCUUUGGUCACGUUCUGGUGGACACCAGCGGUAAGGGAUGCUGUUAAGCUGAAGAAGGAAUCCUAUCGGGCAUUUUUGGCCUAUGGGACUCCUGAGGCAGCUGAUGGGUAUGGGCUGGCCAAGCGGAAUGCAGCUUUGGUGUUGGCUGAGGCAAAAACUUGGGUGUGGGAGGAGUUCAGUGAGGGCAUGGUCCACCAUCCAGCGUCUCAGGAGGGGGAAGAAGUGCCCCGUCAACACUGUGUAUAGUGGGGGUGGGGCGCUGCUGACCUCGACUCGAGACGUUGUGAGCCGGUGGGGAGAAUACUUCGAAGACCUCCUCAGUUCCACCGACACACCUUCCCAUGAGGAAGCAGAGUCUGGUAUCUCUGAUCAGGGCUCUCCUAUCUCGGGGGUUGAGGUCGCCGAGGUGGUUAAAAAGCUCCUUGGUGGCAAUGCACCGGGAGUGGAUGAGAUUCACCUGGAGUUCCCAAAGGCUCUGGAUGUUGUGGGGCUGUCCUGGUUGACACGCUUCUGCAACAUCGCGUGUACAUCGGGGACAGUGCCUCUGGAUUGGCAGACCAGGAUGGUGGUACCCCUUUUCAAGAAGGGGGACCGGAGGGUGUGUUCCAACUACAAGGAACUACUACUCCUCAGCCUCCCUGGUAAGGUCUAUUUAGGGGUCCUUGGAGAGGAGGCUCCAUCGGGAAGUCGAACCUCAGAUUCAGGAGGAGCAGUGUGGUUUUCGUCCUGGCUGUGGAACAGUGGACCAGCUCUACACCCUCGGCAGGGUCCUCGAGGGUACAUGGGAGUUCGCCCAAUCAGUCUACAUAUGUUUUGUGGACUUGGAGAAGGUGUUUGAUCGUGUCCCUCGGGGAGUCCUGUGGGAGUAUGGGGUACGUUCCUACCCUCAGCUAUGGUCACGAGCUGUGGCUUGUGACCGAAAUGAGAUCCCGGAUACAAGCGAGUUUCCUCCGCAGGAUGUCCGGGCUCUCCCUUAGAGAUAGGGUGAGAAGCUCGGUCAACCGGGAGGCGCACAGAGUCGAGCCGCUGCUCCUCCACAUUGAGAUGAGCCAGCUUGGACAUCUGAUUAGGAUGCCUCCUGGUCGCCUCCCUGGUGAGAUGUUCCUGGCACGUCCCACCGGGAGGAGACCCUGGGGAUAAUCCAGACAUGCUGGAGAGACUACCGGCUGGCCUGGGAGCACCUUGGGACCCCCCCCCCCCCCCCCCCCCCCCCCCCCCCGGUAGAGCUGGAUGAAGUGGCUUGGGAAAGGGAAGUCUGGGCUUCCCUGCUAAAGCUACUGCGGCCGCGAUCCGACCUCGGAUAAGUGGAAGAAAAUGGAUGGAUUGUUAGAACAACAUUUGUUUUGCUCUGGAAAAAAAAUUCUUAAAAUAAUAAUUUUUUUCUCUUGAAAAAAUAUUCCUGGAAAAUAUUUUUUUUUUAAUUGAAAAAUAAAUGUGAUAAACAAAAAAACUACGUCCUUUGUUUCCAAAAAAAUCAAAGUCUAUUUUUCCAAAAGAAAUAUAUAUUUUGAGAAUCCAUCUCCUGAAUUGUCUUACUAGUGAGGACAAAGAGUGUACAAGUAGCUUGAUAUUAAGACUGUGGGACUAAAUGCAGGACGGGCUUUUGCCAUGAACUGGGAUGUACCAAAAGGCCAAAGCAAGAGUCUACAUUAAAAGGCUUCCUUAUUGUACUGUGACUAUUUUGAAACAAAACAAAACAAUGCAGUUGUAACAUAAUACAUAUAUUCAUGCCUUUCUGUUUGUCCUGCAGACUCUUUCCAAAAUAUUGUUUCUAUGAAAUACACAUACACUCACACUCACUUUCUACAUCGAGGACAAGCUUCCCAGAAUGUUGCCUUUUUGCAUAGAUACAGUAUGCAAGCAUAACACGUUGUUUUUUGGGGUACUAUUUAAUUUUUGUUAUUGUUUGUAGCACUUAAGAUGAAAAUGUGUACAAAUGAAUAUUUUGUAAUUUUCUUUUAAGGGGGAAAAACAAAAAGAAUAUAUUUGUCAGUCAGUACCAUUUACAAAUGUUUUACAAGAAAGGCUAGACAUCAAUCUUGUGUAUAUUUGUGUACGUGUGUAGCAAAAGGCAUUUCAUGAAUGGAAAUAUGUUCUCUGAAUAUUUAUUGACUAAUAUAUUUAUCUUGAAGCCAUGUCUUAUGCUCAGUUUAUGAGCGUUUGCUUGCUUUUGACAACGGAAAUCACUUUGAGACUUUGUAUAUACAUGCUGAUUCAGAAUUGCACACGAGACGAUUCAAUCUUCUGACCAAAAAACAUUUGAAAACUUUAGUACCGUACAGUUUUGUAAUUACAAAUGUACAAAGAUGUGUCAAAUAUACACUUUUAUUCAAGUAA